UCACCAAUGGCGAUGGCGUUUCACGUGCGCGUGCGGAGCAGCACGUCGAGAAAAUGGCUGGCAACAUUGUUUUGUUGGUCCCGUGCAUUUAUAGAAGAAAUCUAAUUAUUUCUUGAAUAUGUAUCCACCAAAAUGACGUUUGUUUACAGCUAUCGAGAUAAUACAUAUCACAGGAUACAAAACGAAAGAACUGCAGCUUACAGCAGACAGUCUUUCAGUAGUGACGAGGAUUCGGAUGAAGGAGAGCAUAUUGACCACGACUACAAUGCUUCUCAAACCUUCGGAUACCGUUUUAUCAAUAAAGGACGGUGGACAAAAGAGGAGGACGAAAAAUUGAAAAAGGUUCUAGAAAUUUGCGGUACGCAGGACUGGAAACUUGUUGCAAAGUACUUCGUUGAUCGUACUGAUAUACAGUGUCAGCAUCGCUGGCAUAAAGUACUGAACCCAGCGCUUAUUAAAGGACCUUGGACAAAGGAGGAAGACGACAAAGUUUUGGAGCUUGUUCAAAAGUUUGGUCCUAAAAGGUGGACACUUAUUUCCAAACUCUUAAAUGGGAGAACUGGCAAGCAGUGUAGAGAAAGGUGGCACAACCAUCUGAAUCCGGAUAUAAAAAAGUGUGCCUGGACGGAGGAAGAGGAUCGCCUCAUCUAUUCACUUCACAGACAGCUUGGCAACAGAUGGGCGGAGAUUGCUAAGUUCUUACCUGGAAGAACUGAUAAUGCCAUCAAAAACCACUGGAACUCGACAAUGAAGCGUAAAUAUGAAGACGAAAAUUGCAUGGACCAGCGACUUGGUAUAUAUACGCAGGCCUAUACACCAAGCACCUCAACCAACUACCAGUCAGUCCAGCCCGUACAGCUGUUCCCUAACCAGGGUGUCUCCUCGGACAGUGGUGGUAUCACUAGUACACCUGUAAAGACUGCCAGUGAAGCAGGAACGUUGGCCGAGUCAGGCUCAGGUUUCGGUGGUCUGUCCACUCUGGAUCUGAUUAGUGGCACGGGGUCAACCACAGGGGUCACUCCCAUCAAGUUUACAGCUUUGAACAGUAAAGGUUACAGGUUUGAUGGUAAGGCUAUCCAGCGCCUAAAGAGUCCUGGGCGUCUAAUUCCUAUCACGUCACCUGUCACCUCCAAGUUCUCAAAGCCAGCCAUCCUAAGGAAGGGCAAGAGAAAGAUCUGUAUUUCUUCCCGACCUGUAAAGGAAAGUGCUAAGACUCCUCGUACUGACUGGACAGACAUGUACAGGAGUGAUCCCAAGAAGGAAGAAUCUGUUGAACCUGUUAACCAAAGUGCCUACAAAGAGAACAUUAAUAUUUAUUCACUUGAUAAAACUCCCAACAGAAACUAUUUAUCUCCAUACUCUUCAGAUGAUAAGGAGGAACAUCUGACCCCUAAGGGAACACCAAUAAAGAACUUGCCAUUUUCUCCAUCACAAUUUUUGAAUAGUCCAGAAAUUCCCUUUGGUAAACUGACGUCAACACCAGUAUGUGGUCAGGCUCACCUGGUCACACCUACCAACAACAGUGUCCUGGAUACACCGGAGAUCAAACGCGAUUCAAGAGGGAACUACUGCACACCACGGAUCCGCAGGUCUAUACUGAAUGCCACUCCACGCACUCCCACUCCAUUCAAGACUGCCCUGGCCGAGAUGGAAAAGAAAUCCAGAACCUUUAAAGAUAUUAGUCCGGGUCAGCUGGAGGACCUUAAUGAGAUGAUCAGAGAGGACACUGGGUAUGAAGGAGACCUGUCCACCAUGGACUUCAAUUUGACACCCAAGGAGAGCAAGCAAGGCAAACAGGAAGAUAAAAACAGGAAGGCGAGGCAGUCCCUGAAGUGGCCAGUGUCUGAAGGUUCCCUAUUCACCAGUGCCGAGUCACUUCUCAUGUCACCAGAAACCCCGAGUAAGUCCCUAAUCGGAGACACAAGUAUCCUGUUUUCUCCGCCCUCAAUCAUAAAAGAGGCCCUGGCUGAGGAAAUUAUGGAUGUGUUUGCUGUUCCGAAACUAUCUCAACAGGAAAAAGCGAGAGAGCUGCGCAUUGGGAAGAAGUCGAUAAAACGAAUCAAGUUCUCGGAUAAUGCUCCUGUAAAAUCAAUAGUAAAGCUUGAUUCUGCUUUUGAGCGAGUUGCAUGUGGCAAGUCCGAGGACCAGAUGACAAUGACUGAUCUUGCUCGUCGCUUUCUUACCCAAAAAGGAGGACUGCUUUUAGGAUAGAGACUUUGAACUUAGGCUGUGUGACAUUUGUGACAGUGGGUGUUGUAUUUCUGUGAUAGACCGAGGUGUGUGGACAUACACAUGUCCGUAUGUUUGGGAUUUCUGCAAUUUUGCAUUUGUGUAAGUUUAUAGACUUAAAUAAAUGGCUUCUUUGUGUAGUUAAAAAAGAAAAAAAAUUGAUUUUGUAAUUUAAUUUGCUAUGUAUAAAAAUUGGAAAUAUUUUCCAAUGCUUCUCCUGUCAGAACAGUAGUAUGAAACAAUACGAAAUGUAAAGAAAAAUCAAUACAACUGCUUUGUUUAUGAUGCUAUUGAUGAUUGAUUUUUUCUGACAUUGUAUUAUUAAAGUUUGUUUAUAUUAACAUGUAUGAAUUUUUGUUGGAUAUCUACUUUUGUUAAAAAGUAAAAAAUGACGGCUCUGUUAGGCAACUAUUUCUCAACAUAUUUGUACUGAACAAAUCGUCAGACUGCACAAUACCAAGAAACUGUAUCGCAACGUGAAUCACCUUCAGCAGUACUUUUGUUUAUGUUUUCAUUUGUAUGUCUUUUUCUAGUGCUAGAUAUUAUUUUUCACAGAAGAUUCUUAUUAUUGUCAAAUUAUUCUUUUAACUUUUUUCUUUUGUUGUUAUUUGUUGCUUCCUUAAAGGGACUUUAUUGGAAAGUCAUGAAGUGGUACAGUAAGUGGAAAAAGAUCUUUCGGCAUCAUAGAUAGAAAAAAAACAUACAGUGAAGUAGUCAUAUAUCAUUGUCCGGGUAAUGAUCUUCUCUAACUUUCCAUUGGUUGGUUUUGAAAGUUUCAGCUUUGAUAUUCAUCUUUUUUACAUGAAAUAAGUAUUUCUUGUAGAAAUUCUUCAUUUUAGUGAAAAUGACCAUCACACUGUUACUAUAUAACUGGUGGGAACAAAAUGAAAGUAGAACUGUAUUCCCGUCAAUGAAGAUAUUUUUUUGUGCUUCAACUUAGUGCCCUUUUUAGAAAGCUCAGAUAACUGUUUGAAAUUAUUUUUUGUAAAGGCUGUUCCAGAAUUAACUGUAUUCAUUCCACUCCGCUGAUUAAGCUUUGUAUCAGUAAAGACUUAUACUAGCUGUAUCGACCUAUCUGAUAUAAGGCUUUUGAGCUAAUUUUUUUCUAAAAGAAAACAACACAGAGUUGUAUUUCAAAGACUUUAUCACUAUUUUGAUCAAAAAAGACAUCAAAUAAAUGUAUUCUUCUUUAAAAAAUAGUUGAUGAAAAAACUCAGAAAUUUUACCUUUUUUGAAAAACUAUGCUUUUCGAAGUCAAUGUAACUUUGCUUUAUUUUUAUUGAAAUUGAAAGCUAAGAAAAUAUAGCUCAGUACAGGUAUAAAUUAAAAAUAUAGUUGGAUAUAGCUUCAAUCUUUACAGCUAUACAUUGUGUAUGGCUCGAUCAGCAAAGUGUACUGGACCUGGACUGGAUGGGAAAAGUGGGUAGUUCUUUUACAAUCGCUCCACCUCCUAUUAAAUAUUGAAACUGAUGUAAUAUAAGUGUGUUACAAUUUAACCCUAUACUAAUUUCAGGUGCCUCCCACCUCACACACACACACACACACACACACACACACACCCCGGUUGGUUAAUGAUGGAAUAGCUGUAAUAACAGUGCUGGUAAAUGUGUUGUUUUCUAAGUGAAAGUUUAAAAGUUGUUAUUGAUGUACAGUUGUUGUGUAUACAUAUAUAGAAAUAUAUAGAAAUAAAUCGUAAAAAUAUAUAUAUGUGUAUAUAUUCAAAUUUUGUUCUUGGAAAUUUAAUAAGAAUUGCUUUUCAUCAGACUCAUAAACCUUCUCAUUUAGGUCUUGCUCAAAAAAUAAAACGUCAAUUUUGAACGAUUCGAACACUUGCUCAUAACUUGAAAUAGUAAUGUAUAUACAUGCAUGAAUACAUCUUUAAUUACAUCAAGUAACUUUGUGUAAAUCAUGUAUACUGCCACCAAUAUCAACAAUGUACAAUGAAUUUUUGAUCAGAUUUUAUACUAAUUAAACAUAUUUUACGCAAGUAUUUUUCAUGUUUGCACUAACUUUGUGACAAAAUAGUCACUUUUAAUUGAUUUUAUAAAGAGAAAAAGUUAUUUUUUGAGACAAAACUAUACAUUAUUUUUUUAACACCUACAAACAAACAUCCUAGAUUUUUUGACAAAUUGACAUGGUGUGUUUAUUAUAUAAAAGGCCUAGUAUGUGUAUGGUUCUGGAAACAUUUAUCAAAAGUAGGUUAAGAAUGGCAAGUAUUUUGAAUCUACAUGAAACAUUUUUAGCAUAUCUUUGUAGGAUUUUGAAAUAUUUUAUUUUCGAGGAGUGAUAUGCAUUUCUUUUUAUUCCUCUAAAGCUUUACUAUUGUGAACAGGUAGAGCUUGUCUGAUGAUGCUACUGACAUAUUCCUUUGUAUGGAGAAGCUGGUCUCUCGCCACCUACCCCGUAUUAUUUGUGUAAAUUAACUUUUUAAUGCAUUGUGCCUAAUAACUGGCAGAUUCAUUGAAACCAGCGAAGUAGCAUUAACUUAAAUGUUUAUUCAUUUAGGUAUGACAGUUAAACAGAUUUGAUAUGUUGUUAAUUAAGUAUGCUUAAUGCUUAUAUACUAGGUUUACUUUAAAGUUUGGAGAUGCCUGGUAUCAUCAAUGACUAUUAUUUGAUUUUGAUAAUAACCUGAUUGGAAAUAAGUUUGUGAUUUGAUUAAGCUUCUUCAACUUGUGUAAACUUUUAUAUACAUUGUAUGUCAAAAAAGGCUGAACACUAGAUUUGUAUGAAGAUUUUCAAAGCAAAGUGGAUGGAGUUUCAUAAGUUCGGCUAAUUUCAAUUGUAAAGCUCAACAUUUAAUUAAGUUAUUUAUUUCUAGAUAGUAUUAGAGAGUUUUCUUUGAUGUCGGCCUAAUGUUAACUAAAACACUAUUUUGCUGAAGGCUUGACUUUUCACCAUUUAUCGUCACUGAUGUAUACUGUUCAUUGUUUCGUUACUGCAGUAUGAAGGAAGGUGGCAAUCAUAGUCACUGAUGCAUGCUGCCUGUUGUUUUGUUAGUGUGGUAUGACAGAAGAUGGUAUUAAUUCAUCAUUCCAGUGGAGUGCUGUAGAGAGUUUCGUUGGUGUACUUUGUAUAUGUGAAGGAAGAUAGUACUCGGUAACGCAUGCUGUCUGUUGUUUUGUUAGUAUGACAGAGGAUAGCAUCAAUUCAUUGUUCCUGUGGAGUGCUGUAGAGAGUUUCGUUGGUGUACAUUGUAUACGUGAAGGAAGAUAGUACUCGGUAACGCAUGCUGUCUGUUGUUUUGUUAGUAUGACAGAAGAUGGUAUCAAUUCAUUGUUCCAGUGGAGUGCUGUAGAGAGAUUUGUUGGUGUAGAUUGUAUAUGUGAAGGAAGAUAGUACUCGGUAACGCAUGCUGUCUGUUGUUUUGUUAGUAUGACAGAAGAUGGUAUCAAUUCAUUGUUCCUGUGGAGUGCUGUAGA